AUGAUGAGAGCUUAUACUAUAGUCUUUAUGCUCACGGUAACAUUGUUGGUAACUAGAAUAACAUCCUCGCAGGUUGAUGAUGCUUCGUGUACUGAGACAGAGAUUUCUGAAGAAUAUGAUUAUUGUGGCGAUUCUCUCAUGCUUGGUGUUCCUUGGGUUUUUCCAUUAAAAGUAUGUUGUGAUAGUAUACAAAGGAACAAGAUGAAAUGCAUAUGCCGAACCGUCACAAAACUGAUUUUGAAAAACUUUGACGUAAAUAAGAUCUCCAAACUCUCUCAUGCAUGUGGCGAUCUCUUAGUCCCUGGAUCUUACUGCGGAAUUUACAAAGUCCCGAAGGUACAUCAGAAGAUUCAGAGCAGAGAAACACAAUGGGAUACUUAA